AUGACUUCAUCAGCGAAUGAAUCCAAGCAGAAAUCAAGCUACAAGGAAUUCACUUCCUCACAGAAAUUGAUCUAUGAUUUCUUUUUGUGGAUUCUUUCCAGCAUUUUUGACUGCUUCUUCAGAGAAAUCAGACCAAGAAAUGGUUACAAAAUCCCAAAAGAAGGCCCUGUCAUUUUUGUUGGGGCCCCUCAUGCUAACCAGUUUGUUGAUCCGGUGAUUUUGAUGGGACAAGUCCAGAAGAGAGUUGGACGUCGUGUUAGUUUUUUAAUUGCUUCAAAGUCUUUGAAGAGAAAAGUUGUCGGGUUUCUCGCUACCUGCCAAUUGUCAAUUGGGGUUAAUAGAGCACAAGAUAAUUUGAGAAAGGCCUCGGGAAAGAUUUUUAUCAAAGACCUCGAAAAUGACCCAACUAGAGUCCAUGGGGUUGGAACAAAGUUUACUACUGAAUGCAUGGUUAAAGGUCUUAUUGGUUUGCCAAAUUCUUUGGGAAACUCGGACAUUAAGGAGAUUAUCUCUGACAACGAAUUAAUCUUGAGAAAAGAAUUCAAUUUGAAAAGAAGCUCAAAGAUUGGCAAGCUUUUAUCUGGGUCUACCGAAUUCAAGGUGGCUGAUAAGAUUGAUCAAAAGCAGGUUUAUGAACAAGUGUUUGAACAUUUGGCCCACAAUGAAUGUAUUGGUAUCUUUCCAGAAGGUGGCAGUCAUGAUAGAACCAGUUUAUUGCCAUUGAAGGCUGGGGUUGCCAUUAUGGCCCUAGGUGCGAUGACUCACACUCCUGGUAUUAAUGUUAAAAUUGUGCCUUGUGGUAUGAAUUAUUUCCAUCCUCACAAGUUCAGAUCGAGGGCAGUUGUUGAAUUUGGUAAUCCAAUUGAAGUUCCUGCCAGGUUGGUUGAGGCUUAUCAAAACCCUGAGACCAAUAGAGAAGCAGUCAAGGAAUUGUUAGAUAUUAUUCAGGACGGUUUGAAAGCCGUCACCAUGCAAUGUGAUUCUUUUGAAACUUUGAUGGUUGUUCAAGCUUCAAGAAGAUUGUAUCAAACAAACUUUGCUGAAAGACUCCCUUUCCCAUUGGUAACUGAAUUCAAUAGAAGAAUUAUUGAAGGUUACGAACGUUUCAAAGACGACGAGAAGAUUAUAGCAAUCAAGGAAGAAAUUUUGCAAUACAAUGAACUGUUGAAAGCUUAUCAUGUGGCCGAUCAUAUGGUGGAAACUGCGGAAAUUAACAUUUUCAGAAAUCUCGCUGUUUUGAUCUACAGAUCGCUUAAAGUCACCUUCUUAUCUAUUUUUGCUCUUCCCGGAACAAUUUUGUUUGCCCCUGUUUUCAUUGGUGCAAGAAUUAUCUCAAAGAAGAAGGCCAAAGAAGCGCUUGCUGGCUCGGUGGUUAAAAUUAAAGCUAAUGAUGUUUUGGCUACAUGGAAGAUUUUGAUUUCCAUGGUGUUUGCACCUUUAUUAUACAUUUUCUAUUCAACAAUUAUUACUAUUUAUUGUUACAGGAAAGACUAUUUCAGCAACCAUAGUUUAAUUUUGUUAUUCAUUGCCAGUUAUUUACUUUCUGCCUCUGUUACUUAUGCUGCCUUGAUAGUUGGUGAAUCUGGUAUGGAUCUUUUCAAGAGUUUGAGGCCGCUUUAUCUUUCUAUUGUUGACCCAAUCAGUUUGAACAAUUUGAAGAUCCAAAGAAGAGAAUUGGCAAGAAAAAUUACCGAAAUUGUCGACGAUUUUGGUAUGCAAAUGUAUCCUGAUGAUUUCAAUCUUUUGGAAAUGAGUGAAAAGUCUACUACCACUGGUGUCGAUAAAUCUGGUAAUAAGAUAUUCAUUAAUGAGGAAGAGGAAGAAGAUAGAAAGACUCAAGAAUUGCGUCAAAGAAGAAAACAACAGAAAUUAGAACGUCUAAGACAACAAGCCGAAGUAGAAACUUCUGGUAACAUCUCGGAGUCCUCGUUUGCUGAUUCUGACGCAAUUUCUAGAUUGAACUCUAGUAAUUCUUUAUCGAACAUUCCUGUUUUCUCUGAAUAUAUCAGACCAAGAUCUUCUAGUGCCAGCAGUACGGGUAGUUCCGCGCCAUUGACCAUGGAAGCUAAGGGUGCCAGUGAGGCUUUAAAGAAUAAGAUCAAGGCAAAAAUGCAGGAAAAAGACGAAUGA